UAUUUUCAAAAAAUAUUUAAUAUUUUAUUCAAGUUUAAUAUAAGUUUUAAAAACAUAAUUAGUAUCAUGUACUUUAAAAUUGUGAUCGCAUCGUUGGCUUUAGUUAGCCUGGUCCAUUGUGUACCGGCACCACUACAACGUGAUAGUGCCAGUUUUAGCCUAACUGAGCCAUUGGCCAAUGGUCAGAUCAGUGAUGCUGGUCGCCACAUUCUGGAUAAAGUGACAGUAGCCAGGACAUACAACUAUAAACUAGGUCUCUAUCAAAACGUCGAUCUGGAUCUCGUUCACCGUAACGCCAGUGUUAUUGUUUCGGCAUUCAUGGACGCAACUGUUGGCUUCUCCAGUCAGCCGUGUCUAACCGUCAACGAGGAGGACAUGUGGCGCAAUGAAAAUAACAAUUGCUAUGCAGUUAUUUCGGAAAAAGUGCUCAGGGCCAUCAAUGGUGACUACGAUAUUGUGGUGGGCGAGAGGGCCUAUGUUAAUGUCAACUUUUUCAAAAGUGGACAAAAAAUGUAUGAAUUUUACCUGGGUGGCUUGUAUUUUGGCGUCUAUCAGUCUAGUUUUUAGAAAAAGUGAUGGGGUUAAAAUGUUUAAUUGGCAACACUAAUUAAUUAAUUAAUGACUAUUUUAACACAUACACACAAACAAAUUUUUUUCAAAAAAAAUAUGUUAAUUAAAUUAACAUAAAAAAUAAU